UGUUGUUGUUGUUAGCUUCCGGCUGCAGAGUGUGUGUGUGUGUCUGUGUCUGUGUGUGUGUGUGUCCCUGUGGAUCUCAGGGACUCGAACCUUCAGUGCAACAUGUCUCGGUUCAGCUCAGACCUGGAGGACGAGCCGGACACACCGCUGCUCCACCGGGGACAAGAGGACAGAGUGCACAGAGCUCCAGUGUGCUGCUCCUCCCGCUAUGGCCUGGCCCUGCUCUCCUCUUACGGCUUCUUCGUGGUCUAUUCCCUGAGGGUGAACCUCAGCGUGGCGAUGGUGGACAUGCUCAACGUCACCCAUCAGGCCGACGCCAACCACAGCGGCACAGUGUGUCCGGCUCAUGCAAACCCCGCACGGCCCAAACACAACCACACGGCCAGCGUGUACGACUGGGACUCGGAGACGCAGGGCUGGAUUCUGGGCUCCUUCUUCUACGGCUACAUCCUGACUCAGAUCCCCGGCGGCUACCUGGCCGGCCGCUACGGACCCAAGUGGCUGAUGGGCUUCGGCAUCCUGGGAACUGUGGCUUUCACCCUGCUCACCCCGGUGGCUGCAGACCUGGGUGCAAGCUAUCUCAUCGCUGUCAGGGUGCUGGAGGGGAUCGGAGAGGGAGUCACGUUUCCUGCGAUGUACACCAUGUGGGCGGCGUGGGCUCCACCGCUGGAGAGGAGCCGGCUGCUCACCAUCUCCUACAUCGGAGCCCAGCUGGGGACGGUGAUAUCUCUUCCUCUGUCUGGUGAAAUCUGCUUCUACCUCGACUGGACCUACGUCUUCUACGUGUUUGGUGCUAAUGGUCUGGUGUGGUUCAUCCUCUGGGCGUUUCUGGUCUUCGACAGUCCCAACACUCACCCACGGAUCUCAGAGCGGGAGAGACUCUACAUCACCAACUCACUGAAGAACGAGCUGUCCACGUCUGCAGGCCACAUCCCGUGGAGAGCCAUCGUGACCUCCAGGCCGCUGUGGGCCAUCGUCGUGGCUCACUUCUCCUACAACUGGACCUUCUACACCCUCCUCACCCUGCUGCCCACCUACAUGAACGACAUCCUGGGCUUCAGCAUUCAGCAGAACGGUUUACUCUCCGCUCUUCCCUACCUGGGCUGUGCGGUGUUCGCGGUGCUCAGUGGGCAGAUUGCAGAUUACCUGCGGGAGACGUGCCGGACCCCCACAGUCACCGUCAGGAAGGUGUUCUCCCUCAUCGGUAUGAUCGGGCCGGCCAUGUUCCUGGUUGCCGCGGGUUACACCGGCUGCGACUACGUCCUGGCCAUCACCUUCCUCACCAUCUCCUCCGCCCUGGGGGGAGUGUCGGCCUCUGGAUUCAACAUCAACCACCUGGACAUCGCCCCAUCGUAUGCUGGGAUCCUGCUGGGAAUCACAAACACCUUUGCCACCAUCCCUGGCAUGGUGGGACCAGUCAUAGCAAGAGCCCUCACCACAAAUAACACCAUAGAGGAAUGGCAGACGGUCUUCUACAUCGCUGCCUCCAUCAACCUGGUGGGCUCGUUGUUCUACACAGUGUUCGGCCGGGGGACGGUGCAGCCGUGGGCCGUCCACACGUCCCUGCCUCACCACGGAGACUGAGGCGGAGGACGAGCACCGGACUUGGGACGUGGGACGAUUGUUCGGACAGACAAAUCACAAUCGCGGGUUUAGUAAACAGGUAGUAGGGCGGCGCUGCUAAUUGGCAAAGCUCAGCAACAGUGAGUAACAGACUUGAUUCUUUUUUCUGUGAACGUGGGGACCGACCAACCUGCAGAGACAGAAGCAGACUUGCACUUUUAGUUCAGCAGAAACGCUUUGGAGACGAAAUAACAAUUGAGUCAACGAAACACUGUUCAUCUCCGAGGCUUCUCAGCAUGAGGGUCAGCUCUGUUAUUAACAAGUUAGAUAAGAUAAUCCGUUAUUAGUCCCACUACAGAGGUGCUACAACACAGCUUCAACUCGAAAGGUCAGCUAAUGCAGUUUAAAUUAAAGUUAAUCUUGAUGAAUAUAUCGUGAUGAACGAGCAGUGAAACACAAACGAUUCCAACUUCUGUUACUUUGUGGUUUUCAGGGUUCCUAGUUAAAACCAAAUUAUUCCUCUCAGUUGUUAUUUCUGCCUCCAGAGCAGCUCUGUGCUCGAGCUCUUUUUACCCGUCUUCAGUUUUAUUGCAGGAGUGAAAGUCCACACUCUUCAGAAGGACGUUGACUCACACUUUUGCGUGUGUACAGUUUGGGAUAACACAAAAGCUGCUACACUACAACCCUUAAGGUAGUGCCAGUGAUGCCUCGGUCACACUGCAGGGUUUUCUACUCGCCAACAAAUUCUACAACUCGCCGCCAAAACCCGCAGAUAGAAGCCAAACGCUGGUUCUUCACUUAUCGUUACGUGUGAACUCUUAGAGGACACAGCUCGAGAGUCUUGCCAACGCGUCACCAGAUGAAUUAGUGACGACUGCAGCCAAUGAAUUAGAAAGUCGUGAAGUCUUAACUGGGCACAAGUGUUUAAAUGGUUAAAAAUGUUUACUUUAAAAUAACAAACGUGUCAUCUCCAACCAGAUGUUUUAGAUUAAGGCUGCACAGCACAAACACUUUCUGGGGAAAAUGCCUUUAAGUGACGCCUCAUUAUAUUAUAUCAAAGCUCUUUGUCUUUAACGAGCCCCUUCGUAUAUAACUUAAAAAUACUUUUAAGUUAUAUACGAAGGCAACUGGACGUGAGAUUCUUCAAGAUGUUUUCCCCUCCGUCUUUUUUUUACCAUUUUUUUGUAUUAACUUGCUCAGACGGGGCAGUAAAGGGAUUUUAUGUGUACAACAGUGUGUGUUGUCUUGACUUUCCAGUCUGUAACACUAAGAUGAUGUGAAGCUGCAGGUGAAACCAAAGGGAAAGAAAGAGGUUCCUGAUGGACACAGCCUCGUUUCAUUCACAGGAGUUUGGGCCAAUUCUCAGGGAUCUUGAAUCAAACAGGGACUAGAAAGGGAGAUAGUUCAUGUUUUAAAUCUGUGUCCUCAGUUUUUAAAUCAUUUCAAAUAGCACGGUUAAUACUGGAUCUGUGGACAUUUUAACGCAGCUUCAUCUGACCAGUUUAAUAUCAGUUUUCCACGAGCUUUUCUCCCGUAGGUUUUGACCACAGAGAGAAACAUUUAGUCCUGGAGGACAAGUAGCACGAUCGUCCCAUUUCAAGAUGGAAAUGUCCUCGUGCCUUAUGACAUUAUCUUAAAAGGUAUCAGACAGUUCAGGUGUAUGUUUGUUUUAUUGUUGUUUUAAUGAUUCCUUCUGUUCCCUGCUGUCUUCUUACUUCAGUUUUACAUUCAUGUUGAGAGUAAAGGGACUUUUGUAUGAUAUGCUGUAUAUAAACUACACCAAGUGAAAUCAAUGUAAAACUUCACCCUGGGAACAUCCCAGAGAGAAUGUCUUAAAUCAGUGUCAUGUUCUGUAAAUACUUCAUCAUAUAAAGCUACGCUUCAAUCUCA